AUGAGCGAUGAUGCCUCGCCGAGCUCCCCGGCGCGAAUCGCGGGCUCCUCCGUCGAGCCCUUCGUCGAAUCCUCCGUCGAACCCUCCGGCAGCCGUGUCGCCUGGGACGCAAGCUCCGAGCUCGCCACCCCGUCCCGCCGCCGCGCCCAGUCGCAAUCGCAGCGCCGCAAGAAGAAGAAGAGUAGGAGGAAGCGCAAUCCUGGAUUGGCAAGGAAGUUGGAAUUCGUCACCCAUUUGCUCAAGAGCCUUGAUACCCUGGUGUUUGUGGAGUUAAGUGCAUUAUACUACAUGGAAUGUUCCAUGUUUCGAUUUGUCCUGCGGGCUGUGGGCCAGUACAUGUACCUGACCCCAAAGGACGACUCCUUCCCCUUCCUCAUGCCCGCCACCCGCAUGCAUGUCAUGUUGGUCGUUAUUCCCAACAUCAUCUGCAUGCUCCUACAUCUUUUCUGCUCCCUCUCAGUAGGGCCGGAUUAUCAUCGAGGAUACAUGCAUGGCGGAUUGGUCAUCGAUUUUAUUGGCCAGAAACCUCCCACCUCUCGACUGUACUAUUUAUUGGCAGAUGUGGCCAUCCUUGCCAUCCAGUGUCUGAUGCUGACCGUCCAUACGGAGCGAGAGAGGCUCCGGGUCAUGUUGAAGACGUUCCGCCCCUUAGUUUCGGACCUGGCCCAGCAGGUAAUGACGAUACCCAGCAUAGAAGACCUGGAUGCGGAGGAACGCGGCGUCUCCCGGGACAUGUCCGGCUUCGCAACGACGGAUGAGACGAAUGAUGUUGAAAUGCAGCCGCUUCGUCGCGCGAGCGAUGCGGACGACGGCAACGAGCAAAACGGAGAGUCAGAGUCGCUGUCAAGAGAGUCAUCGAUGGAGGAAUCUUCGAGGUCGCAUCUGUCAGACGUUCUGAGCUCUGGGAACGCAAUACUCGGCGAGUAUCAUGUCAUCCACUCCAUUCGCUCGGCAGCCAUGGACCUAGAGAGGACGGCUGCCUCCUCCCUCCGCUCGCUGAGCUAUGGGGCUACCUUGGCGGCCCUCGAGGCACGUCGGCGGGGGGGCAAUGUGACAAGCCGGCCUGUGCAAACCGAUAGACAGCAGUAA